AUGAGGAAGGAAGCUGACGACACAGGACCUCUUGCUGAGCUUGAGCAUUGGCGUUUGUUGAUGGCUCGCUUCAACUCCAUCUUGGAUCAGGUUAAGAGUAAACAUUGCAAGAUGGUCAUCAGUACACUGAAUGCUGCUAAGAGCAAGGUUCUCAAGGUCACCAAUCAAAUGGUUACAGCAUGCAAACAUUUCAUUACAAACAAUGGAAUGGAUCGUAUUUGGGACCAACCUUGUGCACCACUUAUUGGAAAACUGAAGGCGUCAAUGCAGCUGUACAAAGAAUAUCAGAAAAGCUUUCAAAAGACCAAGAAAAAGAUUGAUGAAAUACCAGGGGAGCGUCCAUUUGAGUUUUCUGAGAUGUACAUAUUUGGAAAAUUUGAAGCAUUCUGCAAGAGAUGUGAAAAGAUAAUUGAUGUGGUUAAUACAAUUGAGAUGUUCUCUGUGUUGACCACAACCCGUAUUGAGGGUAUAGACCCAUUGGCAAAUAAGUUCCAAGUUAUCUAUGCCAACAUUAAGAAGAAACCUUAUGAUAUUCUGGACCACCGUAAAAUAGACUUUGACAUGGAUUAUGAUGAAUUUAAGAAGUCUGUAUAUGACUUAGAGUGUAUGCUUCAAGGGUUCUUGGAUAGCUGCUUUAGCAAAAUAUCUUCAUCUGUGCAAGCUCUCACGCUUCUAAGACGAUUUGAGAGAUUAAAUAUUUCGCAUUUGAAUAUUGAGGAGAAAUACGCCGUAAUACUGCACCAUUUUGGAUUUGAGCUAGAGACGAUACGGAAGUUGUAUCAGAAGAACAAAGAAGAUCCUCCAGUACCAAGAGACAUGCCACCAGUAUCAGGAAAAAUAUCAUGGGCUAGACAGCUGUUUAGACGCAUACAGCAGCCCAUGGAUGUUAUCAAGGUGGAAGUUAACAUAAUGAAGAGUCCUGAAGCUAAACGUAUCAUCCGCAAUUAUAACAGAAUGGCAUCUGUUCUUAUGGAGUUUGAGUUGCUGUAUCACAGAGCGUGGGUGAAACAGGUUGAUGUUGUAAAGACAGGCCUACAAGCAUCUUUGUUAGUCAGACAUCCAGAAACCAAUGUGCUUCUAGUGAACUUUGAUCCCAUGCUGCUACAAGUGAUCAGGGAAGCAGAAUGUAUGCAUAAACUUGAGUUAGAGGUGCCAUCUGCUGCCAAUGUUAUUUGUCUAUCCCAAGAAAAACUCAGGAAUAAUUGUGAUAUGUUGAAGGUAAUGGGAAUUGACUAUAAAAAGAGUAGAUCACAAGUAUAG